GACUCCAGCGCAUCGCCGGGCCGGUCGCGGAGGGGGCGGGGUGGGGUGACCCCCCACGGGUUGCAAACUCCCCCCCAGGGGGCGCAGCCCCCCAGUCAUGGCCCCCAAAGAGCCGGGCGCCCCCCAGGAGAAAUACAAGCUGGUGGUGGUGGGAGGGGGCGGCGUGGGGAAGAGCGCCCUGACCAUCCAGUUCAUUCAGUCGUACUUUGUCUCGGACUAUGACCCCACCAUCGAGGACUCCUACACGAAGAUUUGCACCAUCGAUGGGACCCCGACCCGGCUGGACAUCCUGGACACAGCCGGGCAGGAGGAGUUCGGGGCCAUGCGGGAGCAGUACAUGCGCACGGGGGAGGGGUUCCUGCUCAUCUACGCCAUCAAUGACCGCGGCAGCUUCACCGAGAUCAGCAAGUUCCACACCCAGAUCCUGCGGGUCAAAGACCGGGACGACUUUCCCAUGAUCCUCGUGGGCAACAAGGCUGACCUGGACCUGCAGCGCCAGGUGCCCAAGGAGGAGGCGCUGGCCUUCGCCCAGGAGAAUCGCAUCCCCUACAUGGAGGCCUCGGCCAAGAUCCGCCUCAACGUAGAUGAGUCCUUCCAUGAGGUCGUCCGGGCCAUCAGGAGGUUCCAGGAGCUGGAGACCCCCCCUGCUCCUACUGUGCACCCCACAACUAAAGAGUCCAGCGGCUGCCCCUGCUGCAUCCUGUGACAUGGGGCCCCCCACAAUCUCGGCCCCCCCAACACUCACCCAGCUGUGCAAGACGGGGGGGGGGGGAUAGUCCAUAGGUGUUUGUACAUAUAUAUAAAUAGGGCAGGCAGAGGAUGGGGGAGCCCAGGUGAUAUUUGGGGGGACAGAGCAAGGGGGUGGCUCCCCCCUGGUCCGUAGGGGUUGGGCAGUGGUCACCCUGCAUGACGGGGUCAGGGGGUAACAGGGUGGGACCCCAUGACAGUCGACAGCCUGUGGCUGGAGAGUUUGUGGGGUCUCAGUCCAAGUGCCCCCCCAAUUGUAUGGGGGGCAGGGGCCCAAAGCCAGGCCCCAUUUCAGUUGGGGAAAGGAGAAACGUGAGACCCCUGUUAAGGGGGACGGAUCAUGGUGGAGGUGCUGCCCCCCACACACACACAAGGAGGGGGGAGGGUUCCCCAAUGGGCCAGGCUCCUUCCGAAAGGUUGGUCUUUUCUAUGCAAAACAAAGCUUUAUUGGGGGGGGACCCCGGUGUCCGGGGGGGGGGACACACACGCUGCAUUCUGUAGCCCGAUCCUGCAGGAGGAUUGGGGCUGGGGCAGGGGGUUCUGUAUAAACGUGGCUAGUUACCUCACUGCUAUUUCUAUGCACUGCUUUGGGGGGGGGGGUCACAGCUCAUCUCCCCCCCCCAAGGGGAUGGGGGGGCAAACAGACUAGUCUGGGUAAGAUGCAGCAGGGAGGGGCAAUGGGGGGCAGGGAGGGUUCUACCCCUAGCCCCCCCCCCCCCCAGUAGUAGGGAGCUAGGAGCAGGUUUGGCUGCUGGGGUGGGGGGUGUCCCCCCCCCUCUGUAAAUACCACAGCCCCUCCCCCACCAAGCGCAGGUUGCAUUAAAGUGCCUUAAAGCCA